AUGACAUGGAGAAGCUUCAGAUCGAAUCGAUUGGACGAAGGAGAAGUUGAUCAACAUUGGACCAAUCGGAUUGAACUAGCGAAGGGUCGAUUGGAUGGGAUUGAGCCGUUGGAUGAACCGGAUUGUGGAUGGCAUGGGGCUGAUCGAUUGGAGGUGGACAACAUGGUCGCUAAACCGACUAAAGGUGUAAAACGAAUUGGACUAGGUUAG